UUUCUUCCCUUCCACUCGCUGAGAGAUUCAAGAUGAAGACCAUUCUCGGCAACCAAACUGUUGACAUUCCUGAGAAAGUUGACAUUGCUCUGAAGGGGCGGACAGUUAUUGUGAAGGGCCCCAGAGGAAGUCUACGAAGAGACUUCAACCAUAUCAAUGUGGAACUUUCCCUUUUGGGAAAAAAACGCAAGAAGCUGCGUGUUGACAAAUGGUGGGGAAACAGAAAGUAGCUGGCAACAGUCCGCACAAUUUGCAGUCAUGUGCAAAACAUGAUCAAAGGUGUCACAUUGGGCUUUCGCUACAAGAUGAGGUCUGUGUAUGCCCAUUUCCCCAUCAAUGUAGUUAUACAGGAGAGUGGUUCACUGGUGGAAAUCCGUAAUUUCCUUGGGGAGAAGUAUAUCCGCCGGGUACGCAUGAGGCCAGGUGUAACAUGUGCAUUAUCUCAAGCCCAGAAGGAUGAGCUGAUCCUUGAAGGAAAUAACAUUGAAUUGGUAUCUAACUCUGCUGCCUUGAUCCAACAGGCCACCACAGUCAAGAACAAAGAUAUCAGAAAAUUCUUGGAUGGAAUCUAUGUUUCUGAGAAGGGAACAGUCCAACAGCCAGAUGAAUAAUAAAACAAUAGGUUG